GUGGUGGAUUACAUUUACAUAGUACAUACUCUUUGUUUUUGAUUUUAUUGAUUUUAAUCAUAAUAUUCAUAAUCGCAUAACUUUGCGAGUACCAGACCUAUUUUUAGUCUAAAUUGUUAAUUAAUUCAUUUGCAAAAAUGAAUACGGCGCUAAAGACGAGGCCCGUGAUUAAAUAUAUCCCUCGUGGAUUUGGAACCACUAACAGCUUAAUUCGUUGCAUAACUAACAAAAUUGAAGAUGUGACUACUCAUACAGGCCAAAAAUGGGAUUCUGAUGAUUAUAGACUUGCAAGAUUUACUCUGGCUCCAAAGCAAGUUAACCCCAACUGGGCUGUUAAAUUAAUUGAAGAGGUACCACCCAAAGAAGUGACAGACAGAGUAGUGUGGUGUGAUGGAGGUAGUGGCCCUGAAGGUCAUCCUCGAGUAUAUAUCAAUUUGGAUAAACCUGGAAAUCACUCUUGUGGAUAUUGUGGAUUGAGAUUUGUCAAGAAAGAUCAUCAUUAGAUUACACCAAUAUUUCUUAGUUAUAUUUAAUAUUUAUUGAUUUAUUGAUGUUGAUACAAAUAAAACAGUUUAGAUAGUGUA